AUGCCCCAGGGACGUACAAUCCUGCUAAAUCGAAACUUUGAAAGUGCCUACGUCAACUUUUCCCGUCCAUGGGAAGAAUACAAAAAUGGAUUUGGAGACUUCAAUAUAGACGGCAACUUUUGGACGGGUCUGGAGAUGCUGCAUUACGUGACUAGCAACCGCAAGUACACCAUGAAGACAUGGGCGCUGUUUGAAGAAGAUGGGAAGACCAUUAGGAGAGGACAUAGAUACAACGGUUUUAAGGUGGCCUGUGAGUCUGACGGUUACAACUUCACGUUUACAUCCUCUGGAUUCCCCAAAUUCGAAGCUUUGGACUCUCCUGAUGGGAUGUCAGCGUAUCUGGGAGCUAGAUUUUCCACUUACGAUGUCGACAAUAACAACGACAUCGGUGACAACUGUGCAAAUAUCCACCAGUCUGGGUGGUGGUUCACCACAUGUGACGGCUACAAUCCCACAGGACAGCCACAACCUCCAUCAGUUCAGUACAAGACGUCGGACCCCACUCAGCUGUCCUGGCCUCACACACAGAACUACAGUCCAUCGUAUUUCACUCUAUUCGUUAUAGGAAAGUAA